AUGUCGGUAUAUUGGGAAGCACAAGAUGUUACAUGGACAUUUACUCGAGCGGUCGUGUGCUUACAAAGUAGAGGGAGAUCGCCGAUUCACCAUCCACCGCCGCCGCCGGGCGCACUGCGCAUGCGCGUAAAUCAGCUAAGAACAUCUGAUUUACUCGCAUGUGCAGUGCGCGCGGCGGCUGCGGUGGAUGGUGAAUCGGCCAUCUCCCUCUACUUUAAAAGUACUUGGAAUAAUUGCUUACAAAUAGGUAAAGACAGAAAACUAAGGAUUUAUGGUGCGAUAAUCAAGAGCAAUAUGUUAUUUGGGGCGGAAACAUGGAGGUUAAUGGAGAAUAAGAAAAGAAAAUUACUGGCGGUAGAAAGGGACGCGAUAAGAACAUCAGCACGAACAUCAAGGCUGGAUAGAGUACGAAACGAGAUAGUCAGUGACAAAAUGGGUAGACAGAGAACUAUAGUAGAGGAAAUAGAGAGUGCCCAACUGAAGUGGUAUGGACAUUGA